AUGGCAGGUGGAGGUUUUGCCACGUCGUCCGGCACGGGAGGCACAGAGUUCGAGGCCAAGAUUACUCCUAUAGUCAUAAUCUCUUGUAUAAUGGCUGCCACAGGAGGACUCAUGUUUGGUUAUGAUGUUGGUGUUUCAGGUGGUGUUACAUCAAUGGAUGGUUUCUUGAAAAAAUUCUUCCCAGUGGUGUAUAGGAGGACAAAUGACGGAGGAAUAAACAGUAAUUACUGCAGAUAUGAUAAUCAAGGGCUACAAUUAUUUACAUCUUCGUUAUAUUUGGCCGGUUUAACAGCAACUUUCUUUGCUUCAUACACAACAAGAAGGCUUGGAAGGAGACUAACUAUGUUAAUUGCUGGGAUUUUCUUCUUAAUUGGUGUCGUUUUUAAUGCUGCAGCUCAAGAUCUUGCCAUGCUUAUUAUUGGCAGGAUUUUACUUGGAUGUGGUGUUGGUUUUGCUAAUCAGGCAGUUCCCCUGUUCUUGUCAGAGAUUGCACCAACAAGAAUACGUGGUGGCCUCAACAUCUUAUUUCAACUUAACAUCACCAUUGGCAUUCUGUUCGCCAACCUUGUCAAUUACGGCACUGCAAAAAUUAAAGGAGGAUGGGGUUGGAGGUUGUCACUUGGGUUGGCUGGAAUUCCUGCCUGUCUCCUUACAUUAGGUGCCCUCUUAGUAGUCGACACUCCGAACAGUCUCAUCGAGCGUGGCCACUUGGAUGAAGGAAAAGCUGUGCUGAGAAAGAUACGAGGAACGGACAAUAUUGAACCUGAAUACUUGGAGCUUGUUGAGGCAAGCCGUGUUGCCAAACAAGUAAAACACCCUUUUAGAAAUCUACUCCUGCGAAGAAAUAGGCCUCAAUUAGUUAUUGCUGUCGCCUUACAGAUCUUCCAGCAAUUCACAGGAAUCAACGCGAUAAUGUUCUAUGCACCAGUGUUAUUCAACACCCUUGGAUUUGGCAACGAUGCAUCCCUAUAUUCAGCUGUCAUUACUGGAGCUGUCAAUGUACUCUCCACUCUUGUUUCAAUUUACUCAGUCGACAAAUUGGGACGUCGAGUUCUCUUGCUAGAAGCUGGAAUCCAAAUGUUUCUCUCUCAAGUUAUAAUUGCUGUCGUAUUAGGCAUCAAAGUUACUGACCAUUCGGAGAACCUUAGUAAAGGCUAUGCAAUAUUUGUAGUGAUUAUGGUUUGCACAUUUGUGUCUGCCUUUGCAUGGUCUUGGGGGCCUCUUGGAUGGCUCAUUCCUAGUGAAACAUUUCCCUUGGAAACUCGUUCGGCAGGGCAAAGUAUUACAGUUUGUGUUAACUUGCUGUUCACUUUUGUGAUUGCACAAGCCUUUCUCUCAAUGCUGUGCCAUUUCAAGUAUGGAAUUUUCUUGUUCUUCUCCGGAUGGGUUUUCAUAAUGUCGUUGUUUGUGUUAUUUCUGGUUCCUGAGACUAAGAAUGUACCAAUUGAGGAGAUGACGGAGAGAGUUUGGAAGCAGCAUUGGCUCUGGAAGAAGUUCAUGGAUAACUCCCUGGAUCAGGAAAGGGGAAGUGGUGAAGAGAAUGUCAGGAAAAAUGGACCUGUCACUGGUUUUGAUCCUAAUUCUCAGUUAUAA